AUGAUAGCUCUGUUCAGGGAACAGAGUAUCACGCCUUGGGAUGCCGGUGGCGUCCAGCAGGCUUUGAAGGAUGUUAUCCUCUCAGAGGGCAUCAAGUUCCCAAGAGAAGGCCGUGCUCUUAUCCCAGGGUGCGGAACGGGGUAUGAUGCUCAGUUUAUAUCCACAGAGCUAGGUCUGCGAACCGUUGCGGCAGAUAUUUCUCCGCUCGCGGUCAAAGCUGCGCGAGACUUCCAUCAUAAGAACAAUCCUGAGCUGAUCGACUCUGGAAAGCUCUCUUUCAUCGCUCAAGAUUUCUUUACUUAUUCGGUUCCCGAAAGCGAAAAGUUUGCCCUCGCCUAUGACCAUACGUUCUUUGUCGCCAUACCUCCCGCCAUGCGAAACGACUGGGGCAGGCAGAUGAAUACGCUCGUCAAGCCUGGCGGCUACCUAAUCGCGCUCAUAUUCCCUAUUGAUUCCUACAGAGAAGGCGGUCCACCGUUCUCUGUCAAGCCAGAAGACUACUACGAGCCGCUGGGAAGUGGUUGGGAGAAAGUCCUGGACAAGAUUCCUGAGAACCCUUCGCCGAGGCGCUUGGGGCGCGAGAGGAUGGUGGUGUGGCGGAAACUCUAG